AAUCCUUUAUGAAACGUAGCACUAACAUAAGUGCUGGUCAAUUACAUUAUUAUCACACGGAUUUUUACUACUCAAUGCCGGACUUAAAGAAGAACCGCAAAAUGCACGGCGUAAAACGUGUGCUGGUAUUUUGCAUUAUGAUUGUGAUACUGCCAGCGAUGCUGAUCAUAAUGCCGCUCUAUAUGCGCAAGACGAUCUUUGCAGAUGUCGUCUAUCCGGUGGCUGAAUCGGAUAUCAUUGAGAUAAGGGACGGCAUCUCCUCCAUAUUCUGUUCAAAGCACACGCUGCGCAUGAGCAGCAAUUUCAAUGCGUUCCAGUUGCGCAACAAGCCAGAAAUAUCCACAAAUCGCAAGCACAUAAGGCUCAAAUCGAUGACGCUGCCCGAUGAUACCCUCGAAUACUGGGGCUUCUUUCUGCUGAACGGUGCACGAGUGUCUCUCAAGUUCUGCUCCCGUUACAAUGGCUCUCGCAUACUGGUCAUCAAAGGCAAGCGGGAGCUGAAGCUCUGCGGCCUAACGGAUCACAAUAAGAACAAGCAGGGCGCCAACUAUGCGCAGGGUCAUGAACAGGUCAAGGUAUUCUUCGAGGAUGUUGUGGAAAUAACCGAGGAGAAGCUGCCGGCCGAUGGCCUGCUGGAGCAUGAGAAUCAUGGCGGUGAGGAUCUCAAUGAGGACAAUGCGCCAACUAAUUCGAGCACAACACCUGCGCCGCCCAAAGGCUUGCGGAAGAAACUGAAAAAGGGCACUCCGCACCAGGCAAUGGAAUUGAAUGAGAGUGAGAGCAAACCGGCUGCAGCAGUGCAUCGACACCGGCGACACAUUGAGCCGUUGCAGGCGGAGCAGAGGCGGCGCCAAUUGUACGAACAGCUGUACAAGCGCAAGGAGCGAAAGAAGCGUGAGAAUGUCUAUGACCGGAAGAUCAGUCACGGCGGCAAUGCGGUCAACUUUACGGAAACGGACGAAUCGAAUUCCAUAUCGAGCUUUGAGACUGGCCUCUUCGAUUGCUUCAAUGGUGCCAUUUUGCUGGCGGAGGGCUUUCCACCGAAACCGGCAUGCAACAAUGCCCAUUUCCUGGAGAAGGGCAAACAUGACACGGUGAAGCAUAAUAUCACCGAGGAUGGCUACUACUACUAUAUCUUCUACAGUGACAACGAUCUGGUGCGCAACGACAUCCAUGCCAUAUUCGACAUAUAUAAGCCGACGUUUCAGUAUUCCAAUCUGAGUGAAUCUCGCGGCUGUCUGAACAGCACCGAUUGCAGCUUCAACAUUGGCUUCCUGUCGGAUGAAAUAGUCGUCGUGGAGGUGCCGACACGUGAUGGCAUCGAGCAUGAGGAUGAUGAUAUCACCAAUCUAAUCUCGACCUGCCAUCCGCGUAGCGAGAUCUAUGCCCUGUUCCCCAUAACGGUGCUGGUGCUCAUAUUGUGCUGCUCAUUCCUCUGAGGGAUUUCAUCACUAUUUUGGACUCUAGGAAUCUUGUGAUAUUCUUCUAUUGAGAUAACUGAGUGAUAGACGUGAGCAUGAUAUUUAUGCCAAUGGCAGGCCCAAACUAUUUAAUUAUAUUUUAAGGUUGUAUGUCCCAAACCUUAUCAUUAUCAUAUAUCAAAAUAUGUACUACAACAGUCUGAACCAAACAAAUCAACUUAAUGUUCAUAAAUGAAAUGAAAUAUAUAUUUGGAUUUGUACGGAAAUCAUUUAGUCUACGAAUCAAUCAACAAAUUAUUUAUAAUAU